AUGCUUAGUGGACAGCUGAUCGGGCGUCUGGUCUCCAUGGCCGGUCGCAUCUCUCUGUCCCGGGGCAGCACGGGAUCAGGAACCAUCGGUCCGGUAGAAACAGCCAUUCGCUCGAAGUUGGAGCAGGCGUUAAACCCCGAGGUACUGGAGCUGCGCAAUGAGAGCGGCGGCCACGCGGUCCCAGCCGGCAGCGAGACGCAUUUCCGUGUGGCGGUGGUGAGCUCUCGCUUCGAGGGACUGAGCCCUUUGCAACGGCACCGCCUUAUCCAUGAUGCACUGUCGGAGGAGCUGGCGGGGCCAGUGCACGCACUGGCCAUCCAAGCACGGACCCCCGCCCAGUGGAGGGAGAACCCUCAACUAGAUACGAGCCCCCCCUGCCUAGGUGGAAGCAAGAAAACUAGAGGAACCCCCUGA